AUGGAUGGAUAUUUAUUAAUAUAUUUAGUAUAGAAUACAUUUAUAUCCUUAUAAAAUUAUAAGCAUAUAACUUUAAUGCACUUUUUUUGUAUUUUUAUUCUUAUUUUACUUAAAACUUUAUUUAUAUUUACCAUAUUAUUUAUUCUUCAGAAGGAAAAAUUCAGCCAAACCAUAUUAUUAAGGUUAUUUGUAUUAUUAUUCUUAAGAUAUGAUGAUUGUCCUUAAUUGUUUAUUUUUGUUAAUUUUAAGGCUGGCUUUUUACGCCAUAUUAGCUCAAAAAUCAUCUUUAAUUUAUUUCUAUUGUUAAUUAUUAUUGUGUCUAUGACUAAGUUUAGCAUAAUUGAUAAUGUACAGGCAGCGGUAUUUUUUUUAUAUAGUAAGCUACUAUAAAAAAUUAUUGGUAGGAUUUACUAAUUAUUGUUGUAUAUGUAUGUAUGUAUGUUUGUUUGUUUUUUUGAGAGAAUAAAAAAAUAAUUAAUAUUUUAGCUAAAUAAAUUAGUUUCAAUCAUCGUCAUUCAUUCAUUCACUCAUUGUGGUUGUUCUUUAUUUAUUUAUUGA